AUGAAUCCCUUCCAGAAAAAUGAGUCCAAAGAAACUUUUUUUUCACCUGUCUCCACCGAAGAGGUACCACCUCCACCUCCCAGCCUUCCAAAGAAGCCACCUCCGAAAAUCUGUGGCUCCAACUAUCCACUGAGCAUUGUCUUCAUUGUGGUAAAUGAAUUCUGUGAGCGCUUUUCCUAUUAUGGAAUGAAAGCUGUGCUGACCCUGUAUUUCCUGUAUUUCCUGCACUGGAAUGAAGACACUUCCACAUCUGUAUACCAUGCCUUCAGCAGCCUCUGUUAUUUCACUCCCAUUCUGGGAGCCGCCAUUGCUGAUUCAUGGUUGGGAAAAUUCAAGACAAUUAUGUAUCUAUCCUUGGUGUAUGUACUUGGCCAUGUGAUCAAGUCCUUGGGAGCCUUACCAAUACUGGGGGGACACAUGGUACACACAGUCCUAUCAUUGGGCGGCCUGAGUCUAAUAGCUUUGGGAACAGGAGGUAUCAAACCCUGUGUGGCAGCUUUUGGUGGAGACCAGUUUGAAAAAACACAUGAAGAGGAACGGAGAAGAUAUUUCUCAGUCUUCUACCUCUCCAUCAAUGCAGGGAGCUUAAUUUCUACAUUUGUCACGCCUAUGCUAAGAGGAGAUGUGCAGUGUUUCGGGGAAGACUGCUAUGCACUGGCUUUUGGAGUUCCAGGAUUACUUAUGCUGAUAGCUCUUGUUGUGUUUGCAAUGGGAAGCAAAAUGUACAAAAAAACACCUCCGGAAGGAAACAUAGUGACUCAAGUUAUCAAAUGUAUCUGGUUUGCUAUCUCCAACCGUUUCAAGAACCGUUCUGGGGACAUUCCAAAGCGACAGCAUUGGCUGGACUGGGCAGCUGAGAAAUAUCCAAAGCAGCUCAUUAUGGAUGUUAAGGCACUGACCAGGAUACUGUUCCUCUAUAUCCCAUUGCCCAUGUUCUGGGCUCUUCUGGAACAGCAGGGUUCACGGUGGACCUUGCAAGCCACCAGGAUGGACAGGAAUUUGGGUUUUAUUGUGCUUCAGCCGGACCAGAUGCAGGUACUAAAUCCCCUCCUGGUUCUUAUCUUCAUCCCAUUGUUUGAUCUUGUCAUUUAUCCUCUGGUCUCCAAGUGUGGAAUUAACUUAUCAUCACUUAGGAAAAUGGCUGUUGGUAUGAUCCUAGCGUGCCUGGCAUUUGCAGUUGUGGCAGUUGUAGAGACAAGAAUUAAUGCAAUGGCUCCACCCCAGCCAGGUCCCCAAGAGAUUUUCCUACAAGUCUUGAAUGUGGCAGAUGAUGAGGUGAAGGUGACAGUGAUAGGAGAUGACAAUAAUUCUUUGUUGCCAGAGUCCAUCAAAUCUUUUCAGAAAAUGCCACAGUAUUCCAAACUUCACCUGAAGACAAAAAGCCAGGAUUUUCACUUCCACCUGAAAUAUCACAAUUUGUCUGUCUACACUGAGCAUUCUGUGGAGGAGAAGAAAUGGUACAGUCUGAUCAUUCGAGAAGAUGGAGAAAGUGUUUCCAGCAUGAUGGUGAAGGAUGAGGAAAACAUAACAACCAAUGGGAUGACAGCCGUGAGGUUCCUUAAUACUUUACAUAAAGAGGUCAACAUCAACCUGGGUACAGAUAUCUCACUUAAUGUUGCUGAAGACUACGAUGUGUCUGCUUACAGAACUGUACAGAUAGGAGAAUACCCUGCAGUGCAUUGUAAAACAGACGAUGAUGACUUUUCACUGAAUUUGGGUCUACUAAACUUUGGUACAGCUUAUCUGUUUGUUAUUACUAAUAGCACCCAUCAGGGUCCCCAUGCUUGGAAGACAGAAGACAUUCCAACCAACAAAAUAUCCAUUGCUUGGCAGCUACCACAAUAUGUGCUGGUGACAGCUGGGGAGGUCAUGUUCUCUGUCACAGGACUUGAAUUUUCUUAUUCUCAGGCUCCCUCUAGCAUGAAAUCUGUACUCCAGGCAGCCUGGUUGUUGACGAUUGGAGUUGGCAAUUUCAUUGUGCUUACUGUGGCACAGUUCAGCGACCUGGUACAGUGGGUUGAGUUCACUUUGUUUUCCUGUCUCCUGCUGCUGGUCUGA